CGGGGAUUCCGUGACAUAUUUAUAAAUAGUUCAGAAAUAAUGUUCCAUUGGCCGGUUGUAACUUAAAUUAUUAUUUAAAAUGCGAGUAGAGUUGUUUUCUUGGAAAACAUAAAAUAUUUUACAUUUUGGAGUAAAAUGACAAUAAAAAUUCUGAUAGUUUAAUAUUUCGACCCAAUGACGAAGAAUAUAAACACGUUUAAAGGAAUAAUAACAUAUCAAUUAAAUGAGAAAUUUCUUGGGACUAACAAAUACCAGCAAAGUUUAGCGGAAUUUAUUUUGAGGAGGAAUUCGUUACCAGGAUGCGAUUUAUAAAAUGAUGAAAUGAUGUUUUUCUUAGUAAGCUUGGUAAUUUGAUAACAUGUCCUUACAAAUGAAGGAGUUUCAACUUCACCCGGCAUAAUUUGGUUAUUUUGUUACAAAUUUAACAUGCACCGUAUACGGUUUAAAGUGUCACUAGUGUUUGUGUUAGGUUUUGCGGUGGGAAUUGCGGGUGAACCUUCUUCUUCGGAAGUAAGCUGUCAGUUCAAACAUGGCAAGUGUACCUAUGACAUUUACCUUAACCAUGCAGAGGCAUGCGCUCCAUCGAGGCAGACGACAUUUGAGGAAACUAAUUCUUUCUUAAAACCUCAAGAAAUCCGACUACCUGCCGAUGAAAAGAUGACAAAAAUGCAAAAAGAUUUUAACGUUGUGAAAUCCGAUCAUGAAAAUAGAAUCAAAGAGCUCGAAAGUUCUAUACAGAAAGUACUCAGGAAUGCAAUUCAAUUGCAGCCUGUUAAGUAUUCGAAUAACCAUGUACAAGUUGAAUCCACUUCUCGUCAUGGAAACCUUAUAGAAACCAAACAACCAAACCAGGAAGGUUCGGGGAAUAUUCUUCUCCUACAAUUGCAAAAUCAGUUCAAUGCAAUGAGAACAUCUCUUAGUCAAAGAACAGCUGAUCUAUUAGAAACAAGAAAUAAACUUAAUGAAACAUCUGAUUUGCUGACAGCUGCACAGAGACAGUCAUUUGAAUCAAACUCAAAGCUGGUUGAUCUGGAGACAAAUUCUGCCGUUUUAGAACGAGAAAACAGAAUCUUAAAAAAUAAAUUUAAGGACAAAAGUGAACGAUUAGAAUAUGCUAAUGAGCAAUUAAACAUUACCGAAACGAAACUGAGAAAUAUUGAAAACCAGUUGUAUGACGUUGUACGCUCGGAAAACAACUUAAAAGAAGAACUGGAAACGCUGAAAAUUAAGUUGAAGAAAACUGAGGAAAAACUUGAGAGUUUACAAAAGAACCACACAGAAUUACAUGCCAAAUAUAAAAGAACUAGGACGACACUGAAGAUCCGGGAUGUAGAACUCAUAGAAUGUUACUCAG